AUGGACAUUCCGAAUAUUGCCUUCGAAGGCAUUCGCGAAUGGGCAAGCAGCGACAGCCCACCCGGCCCCAGAAACGUCAGCUUCGCCCACCUUAAGGUCUCCCGCCACUGCAUGUCCGAUGAGAACGUCUGGCAAGUCAUCAUCGCCGGCCUCUGGGAUGCGGAAUGGGGUAUCUGUGUCGGGUCGUCCUUGGAUGCUGGCACCGCCUAUUUUGCUCACGACAAACUCGAGGAUGAUCAUGAGGGCGACGAGGGUCCUGUUUUCGAGUUCCUGUGCUAUCACGGAUGGAGGGAAUCGCUUUCAAGCUACCGAGUGACCAAUGGUCCUGGGCUUAAGUCUUGGAAUAUGGAUAUUGCGCCUACCGACUCUCUCUGCGUCGCCUUCGUCAUCGAUCCCCAGAUGUCGGCCGAAUGUGCUAUCUCCUUGAUCGCAACCGUGCAGUGGGCAGCCGAUGUGUCGUCCCAAUACAUGAUCCGGGUCAUGACCAUCUCUUCAGAGGAUGCGCCAAGAGCUCUACGGAAGCUGCUGUAUAUUUACGACUUGGGCUGUCCCCACCCUUUGUCGCUCAACCCUCCAGACAGCAUUGCUUCUAUGCGAAGAGAAGUCCAAAGAGUCAUCCGAACCGACCAGAGCGACAUUGUCCGAGCCCUCCAGAGAGAGUCCCAGCGAGACCUUGAGAACCAGGUUGUCGUCUCUUGGCAGCACAAGCUCCCACAGUUUGAUCUCAGCGAAGACCGCCGAAUCAUCAUCCGCGUACUAGAGCUGGACGUAUGCGAUCAAGACCGUGUCUUUCUGGUGACAAACCUCACACUGAUGCAUCAAGGGGACUUUGAGCACCGAUUUUCAAGCAUCGUCAAUGAUUACCGGAGUCGUAGCACAGCAAGCCUCAACGGCUGUGUCGUCCGUUUUGUCCCUCACACGUCACGGCCUCCCUUUCCUCUGGAUGGGUUCGACAAUGUGCACCUUAUCCUGGCGUCUCACAGAGAUCAAAUCAUUCAUGACGCUGUCACAGGUCAACUCACACGCAUCAACCUACCCAUUUGUCAAGAGGAACGGCUUGAGCAAGUGGCCUGGGCCGUCCGCACUCGCAACGUCCCUACCAGCAUCUCCAUUUACACUGAGUCCUCCAGCGUAGACGAUUUCGUCUCUUUUGGGAGUCAUUAUCGUCGUCUCAAAAUUUGCAACGAGCAGGCUGGCGGUUUCAUCGCCGUAGUCGUCCGAUGCCUUGCCAACUGGGGGGUAGACGGACCAAGUAUCGUCUGCUGUUUCUUCGAAGCGAAUAUUGAAAAGUCAGCACAUCUCAACACCAUAAGUCGUCUCCAUGUACAGGGCAUCCUUGGCGAUAAGAGUUUGUCAAUUGGCUUGGUUGGCAAGAACUCGAACAUCUUUGACAUGGCCCUGUACGUCCUUGGCUUCGACCACCGCCUCGCCCUCUUCGUGGCGCUACCAUCCGAGAGCGCCGUUGUCCGUCAGGUCAAAAUGCAGCUCGCAGCCCUAUUGUCGGAAGGAAUUGACAGGCUUCUCCAUUUCAACGACGACGUUUCGGAACAUGAUCUCGCCUCGCAGUGUCAGGGCUGGACCAAACCACUUGCUCGCACAGGGUCUAUGUGGUUAGCCCUCGGGCUCUGGAAAGGAUUCGCCGCGAAAUACGAUGACUUCACGACACCCAGAACUUCUCGAGAGGCGGAACAUGGCAAACUAAAGCUUGACGACUAUGGAAUGUCCAUUGAUGUCGCCACAUGCCAGCAGAUCAACAAAACCAUCAACACGCUCUGUAGUUUCUUCGUGGAGCGAGAGAUCCCCGUGCUACCCGUCAGAAGCGUGGUCGAGCUACGGGAGCUGCGUCCUGCGGAGGUUCUUGAGCUACAGAAGCAUCUGCUACACGCCUACAUCUUCCAACUCACCGAGCAGCUCGAUGGCCCAAGCGGCCCGAAGUUUCUUGACGUCUCAACACAGAUGGAUAUCGAUGUUGAAUGUGGGAUUCCUCACUGGACAAAGUCAACACUGGACUUUGAACGCAUCCGGAAGUCCGAUUUAACAGGUACUGGGUCCAUCUUCGGGAUCUACCAUGGCAUGGAACGGACAGAGGGUUCGAGUGUCGUUCGUCUCUCUGACUGGACAUGGAUCUCAACUUCCGUGGUUUCUGAUUAG